GAGGCUUUUGGCACGGCCUGCCUGCACAGGGAUGCUGCCGAGUCCCCUGUCUGCAGCUUCACGAUGGCAAACCCUGUGCUGGGAGCUGCAAGGCACCGGGCUGCUUCUGAUAGAUCUGCUUGUAGCAGGCAUAGGCACCGCUUCGUCAGAAGGGUGACAGCUCAUCAUUAGCCAGUUCGGUCACAUAUGUUACGGCGGUGAGCGAUGUUUGAUCAAGUGAAGCUCGAGUCUCCAUCGUCAUCAAAUACAACUCCUUUCAUUCUCCUCCUCCAUUCACCUACCCAAAGACCAAAUCUGGAAAUAGUAACCAAAAGAGAAGCCCACAUCACACACAAAGCAGAGAAAGGUUGAAGUAAUUUAAGGGUUGGCCAGAUGCAGUGGGGCAUGGAAUGAACAGAAAGAGGUUAAAUUGAUGGAUGACCAACAAGAGCAGGAUUGUGCCUCAGAAGACCAAGAAACUAUCCUGAUUAAUGGGGUGAAAGAAAAUGAGCCCCGAACCUCGGACGGCGAGGAGAGGCCAUACAGUGCUGCUGACACCACUGACGCCUUCCCGGCCCUGACAGCAGCACCAAAGGAAACCCAGGCGUGCCACCGCGUGCUGCCACCCCUGCCUGCAAAGAAGCCCUGCUCGUUGAGCCCGCCAUCCCCACUGAGGCUCACCGAUGUCCCUGAGCACACCUCAGACGACUCCUCGGCACAUGCCAUCUCCCUCACGUCCUGCGUGACGAAGGGCAUGAGCUCCUGGUCUCUGCCGGGCGACUGUGAGAAGGCUCCCUUCAGCAUGAUGGAGCCCGGAGGCAUGUCCGCCCUGACCGGAGACUGCCUGAUGCAGCCGAGCAGGACCUGCCUGGGCUGCUUCAUUGAAUCAAAGGACGGCAUUGAUGCAGAGCCGGGAAUAAGCUUGAAAGUGGGGGAUAUAAAUAGGGAUUAUGACACCUGUUCGGUCUCUGAUAUAGGGAUUCACUGCAUGAGCACAGGAGAAACCAUGAGAUAUGGGGAUCAACUGCUUUCAGACCAGCUUUUAAGCUUCCCUAUGCAUAAAUCGAGGGCAGCAGACAAAAGAGAUGCAGAAAAAUCUGACAGUGAUUCAGAGGACCCCACUCAGAAAAAUUAUUAUGAGGGAUUACUAUUAGACAAAUGCAAUGGUGAGGAACCCUUACUAACAAAUCCCAACCAGGAAUGGGGCUAUUUUGAAUCUUUCAUUAGUGAAAGUAAAAUUGAGCUGCUUGACCUAUGCUCCAAAAAUGAGCUUUCUGUAAAUCUGUUUUCUGAGGAAGAUGUGGAUAAUUACAUGUUUGAUGAUGAUGAUUCGACCUUGGGAAGUGACGUCUGCUCCUUAAAGAUCAGAUACGAGUCGUUCCAGGACAAUGUGCGGGAGAAGACCACUGCCCUACAAGAGGACGCCCAGUUCAACUUCUUCCCCAGUGUCUUCGGCAACUGCACCAAAAGGGACAGCAGGAGCACCCUGAAAAGGGGACCCGGUGGUGCCACUGACCCUUCUCAAUUCAAGUCUGAGGAAGGCAUCAUUUGGGGGGAAGAGGAAGAGGAUGGUGAGGAAGAGGAUGGUGAGGAGGAGGAGAAAGCUGCCUUAAAUAAAUCUUGCAACAGCACGGAGGUGGUGCAGUACGUGGGCCCCAAAAGGAGCCACUUCUUGGACUCUGUGAAUUCCACGGAGGACUCUGGGGAGUUCAGCGAUGACAGCACGUGCACAGAGUCCUCCUAUGAUGUGCUGCGGGAUAUAAAGGACUGCAGCCGGUACCUGUCCCGGGACCACUCCAGCUCCUUCAUCCAGCAGAACUAUGGGCUGCGGGCAAAGAGGAAAGUGCGAUACAGUGACGACUACCUGUAUGACGUGGACUCCAUCGAGAACGAGAAGAUCCUGGACAAGAAGGAGUGGCUGCCGGACGGGCCCAAGGAGGAGGAUGAUGACGAAUGGUGCCCCAAGAAACGGCGAAAAGUCUCUCGCAAGGAGCCCCCUGUUAUCAUCAAGUACAUCAUCAUUAACAGGUUUAAAGGGGAGAAGCAUAUGCUGGUGAAGCUCAGCAAAGUGGAUGCCAAUGAGACAACUGUUACCCUGAACGAGGAGCUGCUCAGUAAAUAUGAAAAGCUGGCCCCAUUGAAGGGCUUCUGGCAGGAGAGGCAGCAGAGCCGGCUGGAUUUGCUCAGAUCGUCUCUCUACCACAAGCAGAAUUUCUAUCUUAACGGUUCAGAUGCUUCGUUCCUCCCUCACCCACGGAAGCGAAAAUGCAAGCUAGCAAACAGGCACAGGAUUCAAAGAAUUAAAGCCAUUGAGCAGUCAGUGAACAAGCUGGGCUCUUGCUCCUCUGAUCACAAGCAGCCUUGCAGCAGUAAGGAGGAUGCAGGCCUGAAAGGGCUGCAGGCAUUAGCCAUUGCCACCCCCAGCUGUGCAAACGGAUUACAUGUAAAUGACAUCACGGACAUCGCUGCUGUGAAAUGCAAAUCGCAGGAACGAGAAUACAAGGGGACAGAAAGGAAAGUGCUCCGCCGGAUCAAAUUCAAAAGUGAAGCCAGGUUGAAAUGCAAGAAAAUCAAAGCUGAUGCCAGCGUGGUGGAGGGUUGCCCGGCUCUGGGAGACCAGGACUCUGCAGUGCAUCUGAAGGAUGACAACAUUCCUUGUGCUUCAGACAGCUCCCAUCACCCAGAGUGCCAUGAGGAUAAGAUUGCUAAAAAUUCUCCUUUCCUACCAUCCACCUCCUCUUCAGACAAGCCUCUGCCGUCUGCUAAUAUCACCACCAAUGUACCCCUGAUCCCCGGAGGGUAUCUGCAGACACUGUUAGAUGCUUCGGAUUUGUCAAGCAGCACUGGCAUCUCAUACUUCGCACAGCAUCCCUCCGAGCAGCAGCACCCACUCCCCAGCAUCAUCCCAGCAGACAAACCAUUCACUGCUUUGCAGCCAUCACAGAGUUGUGUGCUGUCCCCGCCGUCUGAGUCUGAGCUGCAGCAGUCUCCUGGCCACCUGGAGAUGGAGCAGAGCACCUUUGGCAGCGUGUGGCCGGCCAGCAAGGCUGCUGGGAGCAACCGGCAGGAAUUCACUGGUGAGCUGCAGGAUACUGCAGCGCUGACAGGCGAGUUUGGUGGUGCAGCAGGCACUGAUGGCCUUCCGGCCUCUGGCUACCCUCAAGUCAAUCUGAAUAGCAGCAAGUUGCUCUACCAAAAAAAUUACAUGCCGGAUAGCCAGCAAGUGCAGCCUGAUGAUUCUUAUCAGUCGUGUCAUUUUAAUAAUGGAGAGGGGCGCUUUCAUUUCCAGCGAGGUACACUAAGUACAGAUGAUGGCAGACUCAUUAGCUUUGAUUCAGUGGGUUCAUUGUCAGUUAGUUCUAGCAAUUACAGCUCUUUAAAGUCCUGCGAAAAGGAUGGCGACGAUGAUAUUAAUGACGAUUUCUUGGCCCACUGCAGUCCCAAGCUAGUGAUCCAGCAAAGCAUAGAUGAAAUAACCCCUUUGAAGGAGUCCACGGACCUUUUAGACAUUUCCAACUUCACACCCGAUAAGUUCCGCCAGUCAUCGCUCUCGGAGAUGUCCCCACCAGACACUCCCAACCUUUCCCCACAGAUAGCUGGCUCCGACACCAAGCCCUUGGGCACCCUUAAGGGCUUCCCGGAGAGUGCCCAGGCUGCUCUGAGCAGCUCCGAGAAGGUCAAGUGGAACUGCGGGGUCCUGCAGACCGAGGAGCAGGCAGAUAAUGGGUUUACUUUAAAUAAUCACCAGUUUCAGUUCCAUAUGUUCAACGAUGAAGAUUCUGUCAGCCUUCUUGAAAAAAGACCAUGCUUGUCAACAUUUAAUGAGCCAUCUGGUCAAAUUAGCACCAAUAGCAAAGUGUCGAAAUCUAAGAGGAAAAGUUCAUCCAGCAAGAAUGCGGGUACAAACCAAAGCUCUUCCCAGAAAACCACUAGGAAAAAAUCUCCCAAAACCAACAAAGGCACCGAUAAGCCGCAAGGGAAGAACUCUAGGCAGGCACCCAAAUCCACCAGGAAAGGGAAGAAUGCGGCGAGCCUCAGCAGCGAGAAGGCCCAAGUGGGUGGCAGCAGGGCUGUCAGCCAGCUGGCCAGCCCAGCCUCAGCACCCAAGGGGCUGGCUGAGGGCAUUCAGCACAGCAGCCAAGCCACUGGCAAGCUGGGCAAGCACAAUGGCCUGGCUGGAGAAUGGGCACUGGGGAAGGACAGUGGCACAGCCUGGUCAGAAACAAGCCUUGGGAGCACCACAGGCCUGCUGGAUGAUGACCAGAGGGAGUUCGAGGAGCCCUCCAACAUCCUAUCCAACAUUGCCUCAGGAAUGGCAGAUGUCCAGAGGUUCAUGAUGGCCUCCAUCGAGCCCCUGUGGGGACCCGUCAACCACAACAGCGUACCAGACAUAUUCCGAUCACCUGAGUCGAACAGCCUGAAACUGAAAACCCUUAAAAUUUUAGCAGGGACGCCCCAAGAGUCUAAGAAGAAGGCAAACAGCAGCUCGCCAGGAAUGGCAAAGAACCAUAAGUCAAACAACAAGGGCUCGAGUAAAAACAGCAAAGCAGCCACCUGCGACCCUGGUCGCCCAAACUGUUCAGCUGGGUACAAUACAGACAUUCACUCUCCCUUUUUUGAUAAAAACUAUAGUAACCUGAGCACUUUAGGCAAUAACGGACCUACCCAUAAAAAACUGUACCGUCAUAAAUCAAGUUCUAAAUCGCUGAGGGAUGAGAACUGUAAGAUAAAGCGAACAGACCGUGAACAGACCCAUAAGGACCCACCUGUGACAGCUUCUUUUGAGAAACUGAGGGAAUCAGACUCCAUUCUUCUUAAAGCAGAAACAACAUUUUUGGUUUUUCCUGUAUUUGAAGAAGAGACUCCCUUUUCUAGAAAAAAGACGUUUGAUGUUUCUUUUUUUUGUUUGUUUGUUUUUGUUCAUUCCUUUCAAAAUAUGCCUUGUGGUAUGUUGAAAUGUAAGUGCUGAAACGAAGAGUUUGAAAUUGUGGGAAUUUAUUAUUUGAAAGCGAACCUAAUCUGGUAUUCUCUGUGAAAGACUGUUUUAAAAGUCAUACUGUUGUACAGUAGUUUAUGCACUAUUACCCACAACAACAAAAAAUUGUGCCAAACUAUGAACAAGUGACUGUAUUGUAUAUAUUUUUACUUCUCUAUCAACAUUGGGUUGUGAGUGUUUUCUGCAGCUAUGCCUUUUGAUUUUACUAGAUACAUUCCAGUUAUUAAGUACUAACCACCCCCUUUGAAAGCACCUGUAACUCACAAUGAAAACAAUAUUGUUCACUUAUACAACUUACCAAAAGUUUUAUGGACAUAACUAAAAGUGUGCCAAAUUUACUUACCUCAUUUCAUGGAUUCACCCUGUGGUUUAAAGCUCAUAAAGAAAAAAAAAAAAGAAAAAAAAAAGGAAAAAAAAAAAGGAAAAAAAAAAGAAAAAAGGAACUUUGAAACCGAUGCUGGGAAAUUGUAAUGUCCUCUCUUUAAAACCAUGAGCAGAAAAACAUAAUGGUGAAAUGCUGAGUUUUGUUAUAGGAGAGAGUUGAAAUGGUGAAGGAGUUCAGAAAACACUCCAGGUAAGUUUGACAGGAACUCGAGUGUCUGCAUCUAGAGACUACAAAACAGCUGCUUUUCAAGUGUCUGUUUUCUUAAAGCAAAACCUGUAGCUGAAGAGCAUUUGAAAUGCAAAGUUACAUUGCUAAUUCUUUGUAUCUCAGUUUUAUAUAUUUUAUAAUAACCUGGGAUAAAUUCUAAAAUAAUUAUAAAAACGGAACUAAUAUGUUUCAUACAUUUAUUGCUAUUUACUUUUACUUUGAGUAGUUUCUUAAAUAUUUUUGAUGCAGAGCCUGUCAAAAGCGCUCUCAUUUCAUAUCUUUGGUGUUUCCUAAAUGUCUAACCUUGCAAUGCCAUUAUAGUUUGAAAUUUUGAAAUCAGAAUCAUUAGUUUAAACACAACUCUGAGCCUUUUCUUUGAUUCAAUUCAUAACGUAGGGAAGAAAUCAGAACUGUUGGUGAUCUCACUGAUCAGGGCCGGUUCAUACAUGACUGGACUUAUUAGACAGCAUUAAGUAUUGAAUGCUAAAUGUAUUAUUGAAAGGCCUUAUUUGUAACCCUACUCACUGCACCCUCGCCCUCCAAGAAAAUAACAAAAGCAAGCAAACAAACAAAUAAUCUCUUCCUUGUGCAACUGAGAGCCUGUGCGUUUUGCUGCUGAUUUCUUAUGAAACCUUGAUAUGCAAGAGACCUGCUAGCUGGGAGCUGUUGGAAACAGAGGGGUGUGAGGCUCAGACACACUUACGCAAUAGAAAGGGGUGAGGAAGUGGAGCCUUAAUACAGCCGGACAGAUCACUCUCAUGCUCAGAAGCAUAGAGGUGGUGUUGCACACAUGACAGGACUAGACUCGGUUCUCUGUGCAAGCCCCUGCUGAAAGCCAAAGCAUCAGGAGAUGCCAAACACAAGAUUUGGGUUGAUUUAGCAAAAACAUUUCUCAUUGAAACACCUGGUUUCUCAUUGAACACUUGGAGUUGCAAAGUGUCAAACUGGCAUCAAAGUGUUUCCAGUAGUUGCAGAUUCUCAGAUCUUGAGGUAUAGCAAUUCACAGAAUCACAGAAUUGCAGAAUAUCAGGGAUUGGAAGGGACCUUGAAAGAUCAUCUAGUCCAAUCCCCCUGCUGGAGCAGGAACACCUAGAUCAGGUCACACAGGAACAUAUCCAAGUGGGUAUUGAAUGUCUCCAGAUAAGGAGACCCCACAAUCUCUCUGGACAGCCUGUUCCAGUGUUCUGUCACUUUCAAUGAGAGAGCACAGCACAGCAAUCACAUUACAUUUUAUUUACUGAAAAAACAGCUGGUGCACACAGGAAUGAGUGUCGAUCCCACCUCGCCUCUGGAGUUUGGAAGGUGCUUGGGAUCUUGGAGACAAGCACUCUGCUAAGGCUCCAGCCUGGGAUGUUUGGCUUACCUGUGCCACAGUGCUUUCUCCUGCAUCCCCUGUAGCUGUCUUUUCUAUCCAUACAGUCAUUCAGGAUCCAAGCCCUCAACAUGUUCAUCCUGCACACUGAAGGGUGAAGGGCUCCUGGCUCCAUUCUUUGGUAUAUUGCAGCCACUGCUCCUGUGGAGACAGGUCAGGCCUGGAGUUAGGGUGUGACAUGUCCCUUCUUUUUGAUCCAGAACCGUCCUUUGAAAGCACUGGCCACUGGCCCACACUGUAUUCUUCAUGAUGAACAUUUUAGCUAUGUGAUCCAUAACAAAGUAAGUUGUACUGGAACAGGUAGCAAUAUUUAUUGCAUUUGAGAAAUGUGCAGUAGGGCAUGAAUAUGAGUCAUAAGACAUAUUGGCUAUUUUAUUGUAUAUCAUAGAAUAGCUUCGGUUGGAAGAGACCUCAGAGCCCAUCCAGCUACAGCCCCCUGCCAUAGGCUGGCUGCCCCCCACCAGCUCAGGCUGCCCAGGGCCCCAUCCCACCUGGCCUUGAGCACCUCCAGGGAUGGGGCACUCACAGCUCUCUGGGCAGCAGUGUCAGGGCCUCACCACCCUCCAAGCAAAGAAUUUCCUUCUCACAUCUAAUCUGAAUUUCCCCUCUUUUAGUUUAUAACCAUUUCCCCUUGACCUGACACUAUCAGACUGUGUAAAAAGUUGGUUUCCCUCCCGUUAAUAAGCUGUUUAAGCACAGGAAGGCCACAAUGAGGUCUCCCCAGAUCCUUCUCUUCUCCAAGAUGUACAAGCCCAUCUCCCUCAGCAUUUAUUCUUAAGAGAGGUGCUCCACAAUACGGAAAACCAAGGAAUAACAGAGCUGCCAGACAUUUCAGGACAGUAUUAGUUACAAAUGCCUGCUGCCUUCCUUGCUGCUCUCCCUUCACUCCUUUUGUUCCAACUUCUUUGCCAUCUUUGGUUGCCAUCCCACAUCCCCGGCAAAAUCUCUGACCAUGGAAAUUUUCAAGACCCCUGAUGCCUCAGAACAACAUGAGCCCUUCUCUGUGUCUGAAAGUUAUACCCCUGUCAGCGUGCUCCAAAAUUACCAAAUCUGGGCAAUUGCCUUGAGCCAAACAUUGUCCUUCUUCCUUUUGUUUUUGAUUUCCACCUGCGUAUCACUACCUCAAGAUUUUAAUCACUUCCACGUUUGCCUCAUUCCUUGUCAUAGAACUUCAGUUUUUCCCUUUGCACUUGUCAGGAUUGUUCAAUUUUCAUUUCUCCAUGUGCUGCUUGCAGCUAUAGGAUAUUUGUCCCAGCUGUCCUCCACUCUCUUUCCAUCCACCCCUCAGGCUCCCCACAUUCACUUUGGCUUUUCCAUCCAAAAUUUUUUGUCUUGUCUGAUCCCCAUGCACUUCCAGCCAUCUUUUGUCAGGCUCCUGGCUGUUCAGGGUGAUAAAUUCAAGCUACACAUAGAUGUUUAUUCUGCAUCAUCCCUUAGGAUGUCUACUCUACUUGAUCUUGUUCCAUCCCUGCUGUAGAGGCAUCGUGUGGAGGGACCCUGAUGUGUAAUGCUUUGCUCUUGAACUGUGCCGUGCUGGACCAUGGCAGCUGGGCAAACUAUAAUCAGCAGCAAAAUUAGAAAGAAAGUGGCUGCUUACAAAAAAUGACUGUAAAAGUGGGCUGAGACCAACCUCAAUAGAGCAUGCGUAUCCCAGGGACAGAGAAAGCAGCCGUUCUCCUCUGGGGAAUACGUAGCAAGUACAAUGUCCUUCCAUGAGAAACCCUACAGCAAGCUGACAGCAGCCAGUUUCAGCCUUGAUAGCCAGUUUUGCUGGAGGUACUUGCAUAUAGAGGUUUUGUAAAUAGAAAAAUAUCAACAAUGGGGAUUCAAAUAAUCAUUAAAAAAAAACAAAAACAACAGGUUUACAUCUCGCUUUUUGUUUUUUAUUUCUAAGCAUUAGAGGUUUUCUUGAAAAACGGAGAGUUGUGAAUUACAGACCAGGUUUAGCAAGGUAUCUGGUGGAGGGAGGUGAGCCGUGCCACACGGUUCUGUCCUGCUGAGCCCAGCCUGCAUGGAGAGGAAAGCCAAGUUCAGUCGCUUGUGCAGCAGUUGCUGUGCAGCUGGUUUUUUAAAAAAAUCAAGAUUGUUGUUAUUAUUUUUUGGCAUUACAGCUUAAAUGAGCCAGGAAAUAAAAUCAAGACAUUCUAAGAGUUUUAAUCCCAUGCCUGUUGGACCAUGUUAUUCCUUCCGUGAGGUCCCAGUCUAGCAAAGCACUUGGGCAAGAAACACCUGCAGCAAGUGGCCACUGCUCACCCGAGUGCUUUCCUGGACCGCAGUCUGCUCUGGCAUGAGCCAAGAGAAUACUCCAUUGAAGUCAGUAUAAGUGAGAAAAGGAUCAGAUGUAUGGACUUCAGUCGGUGCAGGAUCAGGCCCUUGGUCUUACUUUCUCAACUCGGUGUGUUGGACUUUGCCUGUGCAGCUCCCAGAGUCCGGUGGCAAUUGCAUGGUUCAAGGCGCUGACAUCUAUUUGAGAAUGUGCCUCUUUAUCUCUUCAGCGUGUAAAAUAAUGCAAAAAAGAAUAUAUAGAAUAAACAAAGUACAAUGUCUGUGGUAGAAGCAAGGCUUUUCAAAUCUGUUUCUCAGGUAAACAAGUGACACUAAUGACAGUGGAGUAAGAGCCAUCUAAAGGAAUUCAGAUCUAGAAAAGGAGGAUGUCCUCCGUCCCACAGGAUACUUGGGUUGUUAGACACGUUUACUGAGCCUUUGAACACUUGGUGCAAAAGGAAACAAGAAAUAAAAUUUGUAUUCACCGCUACCCUUCGAUAGAUAGGAAAAAAAGAAAAAAAAACGUAUGUUUCAAAAGCACAAAGGGAAGACUUUAAAAUAAAAUAGAAAAAGGAAAAAAAAAAAAAAAAAAGGAUUCUGGUUAAACUCCUUUUGUCUUUUACUCCCCGUGGGAAGCAGGGUAGGAAUUGAAGGAGAUGCUCUGUUUCACAUCCCACAGCGCCGGCUGCGGCUGUUCUGACUGCUGCCUACAGAGAUUUGAAUGUACUGCUCCUUGAGUUAACUUCCAUAGAACUAGAGGCACCUCGCGAGUAAGUUGCUACUGUUUUAUGGUGCUAAAGAAAACUUUUAUCCCCCUUGAGCAUUUAAGAAAUAUUAAAUGGCCCUUUUUAUGAAUGUAACAUAUCCAUUUCUGUUUAACAUUUUACACUGCAAUUUUAACAUGUUUGGAAAUUAUUUGCCUUUUUUCUUUUAGAAUAAGCUUUAUAAAUAUUCUGUAGAGUCAAUUGAAGUAUAAUUCUUAAGGAUCACUCUAAGACGCCUACAAAAUCUUGUAUAUUUUUAAGUGUGCCAAUUUGUAAAAUAUUUUGUAAGUGUAUAUUUUUCUUAGAAAAGUGCUGUGAAGUGUUUGUAUGUGUGAGGUUUCCCUUUUUUUGCACCUUCGGGUGUUAAUAAAAGGAUGUAUACUUAAAAGUUUCUGGUUUUAAAAACCAAAAUACAAAGAAAAAAAUUAAACUUUUGUUGGAAAUUUUGUAAUAAAAAGAAAUGUUGUGAAAGAGUGUAGUGAUAUUGUGUAAAGGAAACUGGAAAAUUUGUGAGCGCUUUGCUGUUUUAUAGAUCCUCUUGUAAAUUAUUCUUGUAAUAUUUUUGGUUUUGUUGUUCUUGUUGCAAAGGUUUUAAAUAUUUGUGACUGACUCUGUAUGGUGAAAAUGUCAUAUUGUUAACUUGCUGAGUUUUGUUAUAUUGUUUAUGGAAUAAAUAAAAAAAUUUAAAAUCUCA